AUGAUAAGGUUGAUACGUCUAAGGUACUACCGGACUGCGUCAGUUUUAGCAAAGUGCGAUGUUGACGCGAGUUGUUGCGUCAACACUUGCGUCUAAACAAAAAGAAAAAAGAACAUAAAUAGCGAGCUCUGGUGUUGUAACGACACUAGUUGUGUCUGACGGCUGAUAGUCCACACGAAUAGCGUCGAGUUUUUUUUUCCAACGAGGACUACAGGACAACUGAAGAUGCUGCGAGUAUUGGUGGUUUUGACUCUGGUGUCACUGGCGGUAGGAACGCCGAUCUCUAAGGAUCAGCUUCUGGCCGAGCUACGUAGCAUCAUCGAGCCUUUCAGCUGUGCGGGCCGGGCGCAGGCCAUGUACAGUGACCCCGCCGACUGUACCAUGUUUUACGAGUGUGUGGAUGGCCACCCCGUGUACCACCGGUCAUGUGCGCUCACCGGUACCGUGUUCGACCAGGGAGACCAGAUCUGUGACUGGCCCGAAAACGUGCCGCCACCGUGUGGGACAGAGCCGGUGCCAGUCACUACCGAAGCCCCGCCCCCUCCACCGUUCACCUGUGACGACAAGCCAGCCGGCACGUACCCUGACGUCACUAACUGCCGUGCGUACUGGGAGUGUGUGCCGGGACACCCGCCCUACAACCGCCCCUGCGCGCUGCAGGAACUCGUCUACAACCCCGAUAAGGGAGUCUGUGAUUGGCCAAGAGACGUGGUUGGGCCGUGCGGGGAGCUGCAGCGCAAGCGGACAUUAAAUGGGACCGACGAAAACAGUGGUACGGACGAAAACAGUGGAACAAACGAAAAUAGUGGGACCGAGGAAACAGGUUUCAGUUGUGCCGGACGCACUGACGGCUUGUACAGUGACCCUGACAACUGCGCCAUGUACUACGAGUGCGUGGCGAACCAUCCCGUGUACCACCGGCCAUGUGCCAACCACGGUACCGUCUUCGACGAGGCCGACCAGAUUUGUGACUGGCCCGCUAACGUGGCGCCACCUUGCGGGACGGAGGGAAUCUUCACCUGCGCGGGAAAGGCCCCAGGAAGCUACGCUGACCCGAGUGACUGUGCCAAGUUCUACCAGUGCGUAGUCGACCACGCAGACCCUUACCACUUCGACUGUCCGGCGGGGGGACUCGUCUUUGACCCCGAAAAGAAGAUCUGUGAAUGGCCGUGGACUGUGGCUCAGCCCUGUGGGUACAAGACUGACUGAGAGAAUUGAAGAGGGACAGGGAAGACAAUAUCGUUCUAAUCGUAGAGCUGAGUAAAGUGUAAACAAACCAAAUUGCGGUUUCCUACAUAUAAUGGUUUUGUAACGUUUUGCACAAAAUAAACGGAAACAAGUCUCCUUGA